AUGCCAUUCCACCUGCCGUUCCGCUCGAAACCCACAGAGCCGGCGCCGAGCGUCGCCCGUUCGUGGACCUCAUCUCCGGACCACCACGGCCGACACCCCAAGGAUGCGCCCAAGCCCCUCGCGCGCUCCGACACGUUGCACUCGCGAUACGUGCAGAUGCUCCUGGGCCAGGACGACAUCCCCGCGCUGCACAACAUCCUCGCCUCCUUCUUCGUCUGGCUGCUGCUCGCCGGCUUCCUGGUCUUCCCCGGCACCUUCACGAGCAUCCAGCACUCGCUCGAGGGCAAGGAGGACAGCCACGCCUGGACCGACCAGACCACCGAGAAGAUCUUCAAGAGCGUCAAGAACAUACCCCUGCUCGUCCUCGCCGCCAUCGCGUGUGGCGUGUCUGUCGUCGGCAUGGCGAGCCUCGCGCUGAGGCACCUGCCAAACUACGUCUGGCUGCUCAACAAACUCAUCGUCCCGGGCGUCGCCAACUGCCUUGCUGGCCUGAUAUCGACCCUCGUUGGCGUCUACUCGCAGCAGCACGGGAAUUGGAGCAUCACGGCCAAAGUCACCGCCAUUGUCGAGGGAUCGUGUUUGGGCGUUAGUAUCGCCCUCUUCUUUUUGUUUGACAGGUACCUCCUCCUCAAGGUCAAGGAAAGCCACGGGCAGCACUAUGAAACAUGGCCUAGCGACAGGAGCCUAGAGGAGAAAUGGUAG